AUGGCGAAUGCGCCAGUGCCAGGAGCAGCUGCACCCGACGCGGUGGCCCCCGAAGCCCCAGCUACGGCGGCAGCCGCGCCGACACCGGGCUUGGCGACGGCGAGCACCCCGGCAGCCGAGGUCCUGAUGUCUGUGCCGGACGUCCCCACCCCCAGCUCCGAACCUGCAGUAGAGAAAGAGAUGGAGGAAAAAGCCGUGGCGCAGCGGGAGGUGGCCAUUGCCAAGGAGGAGGCCAGCCUCGCGACGCAGCGGUCUGAGUUCGAGUCUCGCAGCCAGGGACUCGAGGUCCGCAAGCUGGAGCUCGACAAGCUCUCCGAGUCUCUGCACCAAUGGCGCCAGGAGCUGCAGGCGACCGCCAGCAAGCAGGUUGCUGCCGAGAUGGAGCUCGAGGAGGAUAGGAAGUCCCUUGCGAAGCGGAAAUCCCACGCCACCAACAUGGAGCUCCAGCUUGGGUGCCAGCGCGAGGCCCUCAAAUCCCUGAAGGAGUCGGCGGUGAAGAAGGAGGCCAAGCUCCAGGAGAGGACCCGUGAGGUGGAGGCGGCCCGGGCAGCACUGGACACCCGGGUGCAGGAGACGGUCUAG